GGAAAACGUAAACUUUUAUAGUUUUCGAUAAACUAUCAAACCUGUACUAAACCAACAGUCGAUUGUCCCUCGAUUAAAUGACGUAUUGAUAUCUAUUGGCGGUUAAAAAACAGACUUUAGCAACAGACACUUGUAAAGUAUGGGCACAAAAUCGAGGUAUCUCAGAACAAUAACUUAGUUAAUAAACAAUUUUGUACAAUGUACAACAUCAAAUCAAGAAUUCCACAGUAGUUAAGCGUUGAGUUUGUAAACUAAACUUGUGUAAUUCAAACUAUGUCAGCCAUUGUUAUGCGUUUUUGGUUUUAAACACUGCAGUGUAGUGGUUAGUGUGUCGACUGAAGCGCCAGAGGUCCCGUGUACCAUUCCCGAAACGGAUUUGUUUAACCACAAAUCUAAUUUUAGUAUACACUAGAUUCAUACUUAGACGUAAAUUUCAUUCAAAAACCUAAACCAGGUGGUCGGAUAACUGUUUUGUAGACUGUACACUGUAGAACACGCCUCUUUUGUACUAUUUACGUAUUGGUGUAUAAUCGAAAUUACUGACAAUCAGCAAACCAUUGUAAAGAUAAACUAUGUUUGCAUUGUUAUCAGCUGCUGAAAGAUUGUAAGGUUUUUUUUAUAUCGACACUUCAGUCUACAGUGCUCUUUCGAAGGAAACAGUCAUUGUAUUUUUCAGCAAACGUUUUUGCUCAUAAUUUUUACUUAUUCUAAACCUCAAUUUAGUCAACUUUUGGUGAUUUAACUCGGAAUUAAUACAGUAAAAGAUUUGUGAAAAUCGCUGGAUUGGAUAUCGAGAUAUUUUACUUUAAACUUUGAGUUAGUUUUGGAGUUUUCCAUAUGGCAUUCGCUGUGAAAAACGUGAAGUGUAGUGAAGUGAUUAGUGUUAACGUGUAUGUAAAUACAGAAUAACUCAAAUGUUUUCUGUUGUAUUUGAAACGGAUUGUGGGAUCCCAGACAAAAAUACAUAACAUUGAAUUGGAAUACAAUACGCAUGGCAUGUUAAACAAUCGUGAAAGAUACCAAUAUCUAUUUGGGCAGAUACUUACUCUGGGUUCGCAACCAACAGACUUUUAACUGAGCUGCUAACGAACACAGAGCUAUAACUAGAAGAAUAAUUAAUUCUAAAAACAAUUGCAAGUGCUCCACAAGUUAAGUGAUAAGUCCUACCUGAAACAAAAGUGAUGCACAGUUUUUGAUUAAAACAAGUGUAAAGUUAGCCCACGAUGUCUGAAGAGGAGUCUAACAGGUCCAAAUACCACAGCAUGCCAGUUCGGCUGAGGCGUAAGGAUACGUGGAAGAAGAAUAGGGCUAAGCUGGACACAUGGUUCGGCCGGCCGAAGAAGGCCGGCGGCGGCGUGGACCGGCCGUACGACACCGCGCCCCGGCCGGGCACCGAACCCCGGCCCGAGGACGACGAGAGCUCGGCCGAGUACACGAGCAAGAUCGACGCGCUGAGCGACACGCAGCUACAGACCCGCUUCGAGGAGAUGCUGUCGGACAUGAACCUGAGUGAGGAGAAGAAGGCUCCACUCCGGAAGUAUCCGCGAGACCAGAAGAAGAAGAUGCUCGUGGCUUAUAAGUUUGUCAACACACAGGACGGGCGUUCCAAAUUCGAGAAGCCCUCCGACUACGUGACCUACUUGUCCACGCCAGAAUUAUCAGUGGGCAAGCUGCAUUGCUGUCUCGAGAACCUUCGCAUCGCGCUCACUAAUAACCCGCUGUCCUGGAUAGAAGAGUUCGGGACUAAGGGGAUUACUGUGCUGUUGCAUACGUUGACCACGUGUUAUGCCAACGACUCCCGCUACGACCGCGUCCAACACUCGUGCGUGCGCUGCAUCUCCGCCAUCAUGAACAACACGGUGGGGCUGCGCACCAUGUUCGAGUGUGCGCAGGCGCUGCCCGUGCUGGCGCGCGGCCUCGCGCCCGCCAAGCCGACCUGCGCGCUCGAGGCCGCCAAGGUGCUAGCGGCGACGUGUUUCAUCCCCAACGGUCACGAGAAGGUUCUGGAAGCGAUCACGCUGGCGGGCGAAGCCAACCGCAAGCCGCGGUUCCUGCCCAUUAUUGAGGGACUGGCGCCUAAGUCGCCUGAGAGUUUAAAGAACGGCUGUAUGCAACUUAUGAACGCCAUAAUAACAGAACCAGAAGAACUGGAGUUCAGGCUGCAUCUGCGGAGCGAGUUCAUGCGGACUGGACUCUAUGAUAUGAUUGACGAGCUCCGCUCCGGCGCGGAAGGCUCCCGCCAGAUCCAGAUGAACGUGUUCGACUCGCACGCCGCCGCCGACCAGGACGAGUUCCUGGCCAAGUUCGAUGACGUCAGAGUGGACUUCAACGACGCCAACGAGUGCUUCGAGCUCGUCAAGAACCUGGUGAUGGACUCCCCGGCGGAACCCUACUUGUUGUCCAUACUGCAGCAUCUGCUGUUCAUUAGAGAUGAUGAGCUUUAUAGGCCGGCAUACUACAAGCUGAUAGAAGAGUGCGUCACCCAGAUAGUGUUGCACAAGAACGGCUACGACCCCGACUUCAGACUGACGCAGCGGUUCAGCAUAGACGUGCAGCCGCUUAUAGAGGGACUUAUAGAAAAAUCCCGCGCCGAAGAGGAGCGCAAAAUCGAAGAACUAAAAGCCAAACUAGAGGCCGCCAUCAGCGCCCGCCAGGAGGCCGAGGCGCGGGCGGCGCACCUUGACGAACGCCUGCAGCAGAGCCCUAACACGGGGCCCAGCCAGCAGAAUAUUGCUGCCAUUGCCAAGGCCAUCGCAAGUCCCGGAGGCGCGCCGCCGCCGCCGCCACCUCCAAUGCCAGGAGGAGGCGCGCCGCCACCGCCGCCGCCGCCUAUGCCUGGAGGUGCCGGUCCACCGCCGCCCCCACCUCCACCUAUGCCCGGCAUGGGCGGGCCGCCGCCCCCGCCUAUGCCCGGUAUGGGCGGGCCGCCCCCGCCCCCGAUGCCGGGCAUGGGGCCGCCCCCGCCGCCCAUGGGAAUGGGCAUGAUGGCGCCGAAGAUGCCCCAACCAGACGUCCUGCCCCACGGCCUCAAGCCCAAGAAGAAGUGGGAGGUGGAGGGGCCGCUGAAGCGUGCCAACUGGAAGACGAUCGGACCGCAGAAGAUGUCAGAGAACGCUUUCUGGCUCAAGGUGCACGAAGACAGGCUGGCCUCCCCGGACAUCCUGAGCGGGCUGGCGCAGAAGUUCUCCAGCAAACCUGUAGCUAAGAAGAACGAGGAUUCAGUCGAUAAAGUCCACACCCUAAAGAAAGUGAAAGACCUCAAAGUCCUCGACUCCAAAGCCGCCCAGAACUUGUCCAUACUGCUCGGCGGGUCGCUCAAGCACAUGGCGUACGACCACAUCAAGAUGUGCAUACUGACUUGUGAUACGAAGGUGUUGAAUGGGAAUGUGCUGGAUCUGCUUAUACAGUACCUCCCCCCACCGGACCAGCUAAAGAAGCUACUAGAAUACAAGGACAGCCUCUCAUCCUUAACCGAAGCGGAACAAUUCGCAGCCACAGUGGCGGACAUCAAGCGUCUGGCGCCGCGGCUGAGGAGUCUGGCUUUCAGGGAACACUAUCAAGAGCUGAUUAGCUCGCUUAAACCGGACAUAGUAUCCGGCACUGCCGCUUGCGAGGAGGUGCGUUCGUCCGGCAAGUUCGCCAAGAUUCUAGAACUGGUGCUGUUGCUGGGCAACUACAUGAACACGGGCUCGCAUAACGCCGGGGCGUAUGGAUUUGAGAUCAGCUUCUUGACUAAACUUACGUCCACUAAAGACCUGGAGAACAAGCAGACGCUCCUCCACUACCUGGUGGAGACCAUCGAGGCCAAGUUCCCCGACGCACUGACUUUUGCAGAAGAGAUGCCGCAUAUAGACAGGGCGGCGCGCGUAUCCAUGGAACAACUCCAGAAGUCCCUAAAGAAGAUGGACAACGACAUCCGCUCCCUCGAGACGGACCUGGUGUCGGCGCGGGCGCCGCAGUGCGAGCGGGACAACUUCCACGAGACCAUGGCUCCAUUCGCAAAGGACGCCAGAGCCCAGUGCGACCUGCUCCAUUCCAUGUACAAGAAGAUGGAGGCUCUAUACACGUCUUUGGCCGAGUACUUCGUGUUCGACCCCAACAAGUACACACUGGAUGAAUUUGCGAGUGAUAUCAAGACUUUCAAGGACGCUUUUGCCGCGGCGCACCAAGAGAACCAGAUAGCCCGUGAAGCGGAAGAGCGAGCCAACAGGGCCAAGGAACAGAGAGCGGUGGCGGAGCGCGAGCGGCGCGACCGGCAGCAGAGAUACAAGCAGUUCGUGGACAUGGAGCGGCAACAGGACGGGGUCAUGGACAGUCUUAUGGAGGCGCUACAGAGCGGGUCGGCGUUCAGCAGAGAGCGGCCGCGGAAGAAGGCCAACCCGAGGGUAGCGGGAGCUGAAAGAAGAGCUCAACUCAGUCGGUCUCGAUCCCGCUCCGGUCUGACGGGGCCUUUAUCCACCAUGGACCUAAUGACCAACGAGCUGCUCAGCAAUGCGUGAUAGCUUCACGCACCAAGUGAUAUUAGUGAUGUAAUUAUUGUCAUUUAGAAUAAACCGUAAGCUGACUACUUAAAACGUAUUUACACAGCCAUGAGCGCUUCAAACGAGAAUGAACCCUGUUGUUGUAAUCUAUACGGCCUAAAACGCAAUGAGAAAAUGGCAGGUGCCAAUAAUUGAAAAGACAAUUCGUAAAAGUCAAAAUAUGCUUGCGUAAAAAAUAUAGACUUUAGUGGCCUUACCACAAAAACUUAACGCCUCAAAAUCUGUCAAAUUUCAUUUUAAACACUUUUUAAACAAAAUUUUUUUGGUAGUACAGUAUCAGAGCUUAGGAAAAUUACAAUGUAUAAUUUGAGAAAGUGUUUGUUGUUUUUUCGGACUGCAGAGAACUUGCUUCCGCGAUGUAGGUUCGGCUAAGCGUGUGCUGCCAUCUAUUGAACCGUGUCGCAAUCCUGAAUCUGGGUCUAUAUUUAUUUACACAAGCAUUAAAAUGUUUGUAUAUAAAGUGGUAAACCUUCACCUUAUAUGGUGUUUUUCAAUGCUAAUUGAUAUUAAAUUAAUACGUAGCUAUUCCAUAUACUGCUGUGAUGUUUAUAAUUGUUAUAAUGUUUUAAAGCUGUUUAAAAAUGCCGGUUUAAAUUAUGUGUUUUCUUUAAUAUAACAUAAACAUAAUAAAAUAAAAUAAUAUAAACUGGCCGUGAGACAUAACUAUAGAAAAACGCACAAGCUUAAUAAUUGCUUUUUAAAGUGAACAACAUCAAAUACGAUUAUAAUUAAUAUUUCUGAAAUUAACGCCAUCUAGUUAAUGGAAAAUGAACUACGAUGAGUGUGCGCGACACUGUUUUAUCUUUGCGUAGUGAUAAUAAUAAAGUGCCCUACUGUAAUUAUUGAUUUGUAAUUAAAUCCUAAAGCUUCACAGAAGUAAAAUUUUAAGUGUCUUAUAAAGUAAUAUUGCAAUACAUUUUUUUUAUAUAAACGUUUACAACCAAUGUUAGAUGUGAAUGGCUUCUAUUUAUUCGUAAGAAAAUCCGUUAGCAUUAUAUUAAGUAACUUUUGCUGUAGUCUUAUACAAUUUGACAUGUUUUGUACUCAAAUGACGUUAAAGCUCCUACCGUAUUCAUAGAACUUACAAAGGGUUUUAUAAAUCGACUUCAUAAAUCUGUGAGAAAUACACGAGUUACGACUCUAUGUAAUAGUCAAAAAGUCAAAAUUCGUGUAUCAUGAUGAUGCUUUGGAAUCAGCAAGGUCUAUGAAUAUGGGGUUAAGAAAAUAUAAGCCUUGUAUAAAUAAUGCAAUGUAGGUAAAAAGUUAAAUUUCCACCCAAUUUGAAUGAUGCCCACCAGAAAUAUAUAGUUAAGUGGCGGUUUACAAUGACAGUAAAAAUUGCAUAAGUCGACUCGUGCAACAAGUUUAGUGCCAAUUUCUCCAUUGUCGGUUAUUUAACCGACCGGGAUUGGUUAAUCAAUAAAUAUACGUCAUCUCCAUAUAAAAUUCUUGACAGAUGUGUCAAAGGUCAACAACUAAUACCUGGUUAUGCUCUAACAGACUAUGGAGAAAUUGGCACUUAGUCCAUUUUUUUUAACAAACGAGUACCGAAAUAUUUUAACUGCGUUGCUAUGCUAUAGGUCCAC